AUGGGCGUACCUAUCAAUGCGCAGGAAAACAGCGAUUCAAAAUAUGUUAAAGCUUUAGAGGAAGUGACAAAAAUAGUUGCCUGGAAAAUGAGAAACCCAAUCAUCGCUGUUGAUUUCGUAUUUAAACUGACACCAUAUAAGAAAAUAUACGAGGAGGCGUUGAAAGUAUUACACGCGCAAUCGAGGGAAAUUAUUGAAAUACGAAGAAAAGUGUUGAAAAACGAUAAUAUCACACGUUUUCCCGAAAACGCUGAGUUUGAUGUAAGGAACAAACACGCUUUCCUAGACCAAAUAUUGCUGUCUGAAAUUGAUGGAGAAAAAAUCGACGACGAAGGCGCUCGUCAAGAAGUGGAUACGUUUAUGUUUGCUGGCCACGAUACUACAGCGGCAGCCAUAUCUUUCACACUGUACUGCAUUUCAGAGUAUGAUAACAUACAAGAAAAAAUUUUGGAGGAACAAAAAAAGAUCUUUGACAAUGACCUGAACAAAAAACCGACUUAUAGGGAUUUAAAGCAAAUGAAAUAUUUGGAGAUGGUCAUUAAAGAAUCAUUGCGACUCUUUCCGCCAGUGCCCAUAAUUGGAAGAUUCAUUACGGAAGACUGUGACCUAGGCGAUAUUCAUGUAAAGAAGAAUACGUCAGUUAAUAUUAAUAUAUUCCACAUGCAUAGACACCCGGAGUUGCAUGAAAACCCAAACAAAUUUUGCCCCGAAAGGUUUGAUAUGAGUUCUGCUCCGUCUCAAAAUACAUUUUCAUCGAUCCCGUUUAGCGCUGGACCAAGAAAUUGUAUAGGUCAAAAGUUUGCAAUGAUGGAGAUCAAAAUAACUGUAGCUGAAAUCGUUAAAAACUUUAAACUAUUGCCCGCAAAUAUUCAGCCUGUGUUGUGUGCUGAUUUAGUGCUGAAAUCUGACAACGGCGUCCAUGUUCAUUUGACGUCAAGACACUGCUAA